UUCAAAUCAAAAUGAAUUGCUUUAUUUAUUGUUUUAUUGACAGGAAAGCACAGUGUGACCCUUCAUAGAGAGUGCACUCGUUUCAAAGUCCAGUAUAAUUAUGAUUUUAGAGGCAAUAAAAGUGUAUCAGUGGCUAUCCUCCAAUAAAGUUGAACUGUUUAAGAUUUUGUUAAUGCUGUUGAAAAAAUUCAGAAGCUCUCUGCGAGGAGUGCUACAUGAACUUCCGAUUGUCUCUUCACAUUGAUAAUUUUCACCUCAGUCACUAUUCUGAUAUAAAGGGCAAGAUUGUUUUUUCCAUACAGUACAAAGUAUCUGAUACAGUCACCUAGCACUCACACUCCCUUCCUAAGUGCUUGUAGAAAAGUGCUGGCAGUCAUAACAGGGGAGAAUAUUUGACCUUUCACAAAAAACUUUUUUAAAUAGUUGACUCCAAAACCAGGAUUAGUAUCAAAUUCACCAACUACAGACAGAUGUUAUGACAGAAAAAAUGUAACAAAUCCAACUUUUCAUUUCUGUCUGAAUUUAGAUAUUUCUGAACGCAAAAACACAGUGACAAAUAUAAAGUAUUUGUUCAGCUGCAAUCUGAAGCCAAAAUAUUCUGCUUUUUUAUUAUUAUUUGGGCUCAUCAUAUCUGAAAAAAAAAAACCCAGACACCUUAAGGCUUUACUCAAACUUGAUUCCCUGGGCCAGAGGAAGAUCCUUGCUGUAGUUUAUUGUGCAGGUGGAGCGCCUCAUGUACUGCUUCCAUGAGUCACUGCCAGACUCUCUUCCACCUCCUGUGUGUUUCUCACCACCGAAGGCUCCUCCAAUCUCAGCUCCACUUGUGGGAAUGUUGACAUUCACGAUGCCACAGUCGGAUCCUUUCGGCCCCAGCCAGCGGAAAACCCGACCAAGAUCUUUAGUGAAGAUGCUACUUGACAGGCCCUGCUGAACCUCGUUGUUCCAGGCAAAUGCCUCCUCUUCUGUCUUGAACUUUAGGACAUACAGUAUGGGGACGAAGGUUUCUGUGUGGACGAUAGGAGCGUCAUGAGGCAGUCCUGUGAUGAUGGUCGGCUCCACGUAGUUUCCAGGUCUAUCCAUCACCUUUCCACCACAGACCAGAGUGCCUCCCUGCUGCUUGGCCUGCUCAAUGGCUGCCAGGUACUGGUCCACAGCUUGUUUGGUGUGCAGAGGUCCAUAUAGAGUGCUGGGAUCCCAGGGGUCACCAAUGCGGACUUGUUUGUAGGCCUUUGCGACCCUCUCCACCACUGUGUCAUGAACACUCUCAUGAAGCAUCAGCCUUCUAGUUGUGGUGCAGCGCUGGCCAGCGGUUCCCACUGAUGCAAACACUGCAGAGGGCACCACAAGAUUCAGGUCGGCAUCUUCAAAGACAAUAAUGGCGUUGUUUCCACCAAGCUCCAGCAGUUUACGACCAAACCUUUCCUGAACCAUCAUGGCCACCAUCUUGCCGACGUGGGUGCUGCCUGUGAAAGACACCAGAUCAACACGCUCAUCCUUUGCCAUGGCAGAACCAAUAUCAGCACCUCCACAGGUCAUGGAGCAGAUGGCACCAGGCAGAUUGUUCUGCUCCAGUACCUCGGCUACGAUCUUGGAAACUGCAACACUUGUGAGAGGUGUAGUGGGAGCUCCUUUCCAGAGGCAGACGUUGCCACAGGUCAAAGCAAUUGCAUUGUUCCAGCCAUAGACAGCAACAGGAAAGUUAAAGGCGGUGAUGAUGCCAACCAAACCAACUGGGUUCCACUGCUCAAUGAGGGCAUGGCCUGGUCUUUCUGAUGGCAGGAUGGGCCCGCCGAUCAUUCUUGAAAGACCAACUGCAUAAUCACAGACAUCAACGUAUUCCUGAACCUCUCCAACUCCUUCAACGUAGAUUUUGCCCAUUUCCAAGGACACCAGGCUGCCGAGGACUUUGAUCUUUUUCCUGAGAGCAUCUCCAAUCUGCCUCACAAUCUCCCCUCUUUUUGGAGCAGGAAUAUCCGCCCAAAUCUUCCAAGCUUCUUUUGUCUUCUGGACUGUUUCUUCAUACUCCGCCAUAGUAGCCUGGGUUACUCUGGCAAUAGGCUCAUUGUUGGCGGGGCAAUAUGAAGUGAUGACCUCUCCGCUGCCUCCCCAGCUGCCAUUGUAAACACCAGGGUUGUCUUCUGACAGGCCGAGCUCUUUUAGCCAGGAAUAUUUAGGCUGGUUGAUGAGGAGACCUGACAUUGCUGCAGACUGCUGGCAGUGGACCGACCGUAGUUUAUUUCGUAAGAUGAGCCUGCUGUGCCGGGCAAGGGUUAGAGUGAGGCAGUGCUGCAUGGGUGCUGGAGGUAAACCAAGUUAAAAAUUUAUUUAGCCAGUAAAAAAUGUUCACACCAUAUUUAAACAAUCAUUGACAGAAAAAUCACACUGCAAGAAUCAGAUACGCUCGGCUUGUAUUUUUUUGAGAGUGACUACUUACAGCUCCACUAUAUUACCUAUAAAUUUAUCUAAUUACUAUCUGUAGAAAUAUUGAAAACUUGUUAGACUUCAGAUUAAGGCAAACAACACCCAUUACCAUUUUUGGGGCCUUAGGAGAAGUUUUUGUUUUAUUUGAUUAUAUUACUUUAAAGACAAAUGCAGCAAAUCAGGUAUCUAACAUUUAAGAAACGUAAACCUGAUAAUUCCCUAGACCAGACCUGGGCAUUUUACGGCCCGAGGGCCACAUCCGGCCCCUUGGAUGUCCCUGUCCGGCCCUUUGUGAGGUCUGUCAAACAAAUUAUCAACAUGCUAUACAAGUGUGUUGCUUUUGUUUUGAAAACCUAGCCAUUAUUUUAUUUCCGUUUGGAUGCACGUCCUACAUCUGCAGUUGUGAACAGAGACAAGUUUAAACAUCGGCAAAAUAUUUGUAGACGCCUUAUAGUUGCUCAGUCCGCUUAUUAUGAAAGACUUUAGGCUUGUUUCUCUCAGAAGUCGCUUGUAAAACUCGUGAGUCACGGGUGCACUUUUUUUUAGCUUGUUUUAACUAGUAGUUGCUUAUUUGGGCUUGCUUUUCUGUACGUGUGAACCCCCCUGAUUUGAAGUUGAAAUUAUUGUUGGUUCGGCCCUCCAACACAGUUCGGGUUUCUCAUGUAAAAACUUAUUGCCCACCCCUGCCUUAGACUAACAAAAUUAGCCAUUCAUCAGCCAUUCCCUAACCCUAAAACUCAUCAAUUUCACCUCCAUUACCUUAACACUAAAUACUACUGCUAUGACUUGCCUUUGUAAUUUCAAAAUUGACUGAUUUUAAAAGCUGCAUCAGCUGUGAGUGCUGGCAAACAUAUGCCACAGCAACUGUGGACACUCGGCAGGUGUUAACUAGAUAGUGCUUGGAUAAAAAUAGCAGCUUUUUGUUAUGGCUCAUACUCUGUAAACAAAUGAAUUUGCACACCGCAUCUUUAGUAUGAGACGUUAUCAAUAAAACUGGAUUAAUUUAAUGAAGUAUGCAAAACUCAAUUAUUUGUUAAUCCCACAAUCUUAUAUCAGAAAACUAAAAAGCAAACAUUGAUUAAUAUGUUAUAUGACUCAAACUGUUUGCAACAACUUUUCAAGACCUAAAAUAAAGAAUCUAUGAAUUUUUACAACCAGGGCUCGUCUUGUGUUUGCAGGUAGCCAACGAGAAGUAACUAAAGCGUCUCCACCCCCCGCGCCUGCGCACUAAUCGCAAAUUUGGACAACCACAAAGCUGUCAAACUCAUAAUUCAUUAAUGACGCAAAUAGAAAUAUGUAAGCCAAUAUCUAUGCACACAAAGCAGCUGUAAGUGUUUGUUUUUAUACAUGAUAAUCACUAUCUUUUCAUGGUAGUUGUUGUACUUUGACGGUGCGUCGUGACAUGGUCGCCAAGAUCAGAGCCAAUCUUCAGUCUUACCGACCGAGAGUCAAGGUCCUACAGUUUACACACACUUCAGUCACUCUCCUGUCAUACAGCCUCAACUUGCACUGUCUGCAAAUCACUUUUAAGCUUAUUGAAAUUAACCAAUUCUACUUGUAGCAUUUCUUUUCCACUCACGUUGGUAGAAAGUUCGCAGGGACCACGUCCACUCCUCGACCUGGAAGAACUCGCUUUCUCAGACGCUACGUCAUAAAUCCCAAGCGGAAGUAUUGAUGCUGUGCUGUACUCUGAUUGGUCAGCUGCCUGUACGCAGUGUGGCGCCUGCUCUGUUCGAUUGAACCGUGCUAACAGUUUCCCUUUGUUGUGAUCAAUCCAUCUGCGGUCUCGGUUCGUUUGGAAUAACCUGCUUUGAAGAUUAAAUAGAGGAUGAGUGGCGGAGUGUACGGUGGCGGUGAGUGGGGAUCUAAUGAGUGAAAUAAGAGAAACUUUUAUCCACGCUGUCCCGUGUUGGAGCUCUGAGCAGCCUGAUCGUUAGCUACCUAUGCUAGUGUUGCUAUCAUUUUUAUAAGAUGUUAUUAUCAGCAUUUUAAUUCAAGAGUUAACAUAUACACGCUUUAUGUCAUCCACUGAGUCGGGUGAGAGUUGAGUUUGAUUUAUUUUUCUAACAAGUAUGCAGAUUAAACCCGCCGGUGCUGUUAGCUAGUUCGUUUGCUGAGAAAUGAAUGAGAAUGGGUCUGACGGAGGGAGCCCACUAACCCACCACAGGAGCAAGAGAACUUAGUUAUGUCACAGGAUCUAAGUUAUAAGAUAGACCGUAUAUUUUAGACCGAAAGAGGUUGUGUGCACGUAAUAUAUAAUAAUUAAAUCCAACAACUCAGAGCAUUGUAAUGACAUUAUUGAGUGAUAGUCCUUAAACUCAACUGACUGUACCGAUAAGCUAUACUGUUUGACCACUAGUUUCUCUAUUUUUUAAACCCAGUAUACUAAAAGCCUGUUUAAUGAUAACAAUGUAUGAUAUUAAUAUGACACAUUUAAAAACAAGGCUUUUAACCCUAGAACACUAUCACUGCCAUAGACAUUAGGAGCUCCCGGCCAGCAGGCUGGUCCUAUGGAAACCAACACACGGGCACCGUUCGCGAGGACAUUCAGCUCUAAUGUAUGUGGACGUCCUGAAGAAGGAUGCAGACCUACUUUACCCUCUAUCACUAUUGUCGGGUGAAACUAACCCGAACAUGUGCCUGUAGGAAAAAGCAGGUUUUGGAUCAGGGAAACAAAUAUGCCUUCAAAGAUGUCAAAGACAAUGCUGAAGCUACCCCGGGACCCAUGAUACUCAGACAAAUGAAAAUCACGUUAACAUGCUUGGUCGGGUGAAAAUCACCCAGCGAUAGUGUUUUAGGGUUAAAAGUGCUCUUACAGACAAGCAGAAGCAUAUAUAAUACAUAAAAGAAUCCAACGUGAUCUGAGCUGAGACCAAAAGGAACAAUAAAGUAAGGCGAUUAAAUGAUUUGAUUGCCAUCCUUCACUCUGACAUGACAUGUUAUACAACAUCUAAUAGUCAGUCAUACCCCCACCUAACUAAGUUUAUUGGAUUAAGCACCAAUAUUAUUGUGAACAUACUGAUGUUAGUGGUUCCAUGUGCGGCACACAUUUGCUUCUUUAAAAAAAAUACAAAAUAGUCCCAGACACUUGUCUCUUCCUUGCUUGACAUCUGCAAUCACUUUUCUAGUAACGGUGAACCUGAAAGAAUACCAGAGUAGGACGGCUUUACCAAGCUGAAAUUCUGAGACACAAGUCAAGAGGGGGAAUAUUAAAAGAGCAACGGAGAGAAAGUAUGACAGCCGAGUGCUGUACCAGUAACUAAAAACUACAGCCUGUUCUACAUGACAACUAAUAACUCCAGAACAUAAACAUUUUUUAAUUAGCUAAAUACAACAACAAACACCAUCAGUUAAGAAAAGAGGAAAUUAUUGAGAAAAUAUUUAAAGCAAACAUUUUCUUUAAUUUUCAAAAGUUAACAGUGUCUGUUGUCAAUAGUUUGGUCAUUUUUUUGUCAGUAUGUCCCUUGCUGUCACUGUUGGAAAAAAAAAGGAUCAAAUUCAAGUCAAGUUAUACAAACGUCACUUCUCUCAUUUCUUCAGAUGAGGUGGGAGCUUUGGUGUUCGACAUCGGCUCAUACUCUGUUAGAGCUGGCUACGCAGGAGAAGACUGUCCCAAGGUACGUAGAUCACUCAAAUGACCUGAUUAAUAUGUUUUUUUUCUCUCUCUUCCUCUGCGCAUCUUCAUCCAUCCUAUGUGGGUCCCCAAUCAGAGAAAUGAGGCCUGACACCCUUGAGACAGCAUGAAUUGAGUUCAGAUCAUUCUCAAGUACUUAGUUUAGUUCAGAUCCACGAGAGCUUUAUGUGGAGAGUUUAAUGAUGGUUACAAGUGUAAAGAUCAGGGAAACAAUGGACACUGAAUGACUAUACUGUUAAUAACUUGUGACGCAAUAAUUCUGUUAUGCAGUUAUUAUUUAGAAUCACUUCUCAAUCACACGAGCCUUCAUGAAGUCAUAGUCAUGUUAGUUUUGUGAUGACAGUUCUUGGUUUGAUGGAAACAGUAGCAAUAAAAGCUGUCAGAUAAUGAAAUCUCUGUUGGUAUUGAUAUAAACAGACAUUAUGACAAUUUUCUUGAGUUACUUAGAUAAAUCAGUUUGAGCAAGCCAAAUCAGUACACAAUAAAAUUGGGUAAUUUUGAACCUUACAGCACAGUUGUGUGACCAUUUGGACUUGAAAACUCCAGUAUUUUGCAACAGUGGGAAAAUUCUUCUUCUUGUUUGUAUUCAGGGUUGUUCUCUGAUGGGGAAAAAGGUUAACCAAGAGCUGCAAGGUUGUGUCUUGACAUGUACAGCAUUUUUUACUGUUUUCUCAUUUUGCUCGACUUAGGCUGACUUCCCCACGGUAAUAGGAGUGACCCUCGACAGAGAGGAUGGCAGCACGCCGAUGGAGACGGACGGGGACAAGGGCAAGCAGAGCGGCACCACCUAUUAUAUCGAUACCAACCAGUUGAGGGUACCAAGGGAGAACAUGGAGGUCAUGUCUCCACUCAAGAAUGGCAUGAGUGAGUGUUGACUCAGGAAAUAGAUCAAUAUAGCAUUAUAAUCCAGAGAAUAAUGCCUUUACUGAUGAAGAUAUUCCUAGCAGUAAGGACUGAAUGGAAAGUAGUGUCACAUAAAUGCAACAAUUGUUUUAACCCAAAUUAACUGGUUGUAUAUAGUGUUUAAAAAGUGCAUGUUUGAUGUGAAGAGAGCAAGUCCUGGGUUGAAGUGGUUGAGCAAUGACUACAGAAUAGACUGAAAUGACUGUAUUAGAGGCAUUUAUCACAAGUGUGAUCAGACAGUGAUAGAUGAUCUAUUGUACAUUCUGGUAAUUAAUUAUUUUUAUCCAUAAAAGAGUAUUCAAACCCAACCACAAUUUUUCUGUUGUCUCCGCAUUUAACAUGUUUGAGCUCAGGAGUGUCAGCAACACGGGAUAUGAAACAAGCCAUUAUAGGCGUCUUUAGUUAGCCGACCUAGCUGCUGACGCUCAUCAGAAUCUGGUCCAGCAGAGUCUGGCUGUGAGGCUAUUUGGAGACGAGUGCAACACUAAUCUUAAUUGCAGCAGAACAGCACUGUGGGACCGCUGACUCCCUCAGAGGGCUGACCUGGAACAGAAGUGCCGGCUGCUCAAAUUAUUAUCUAAAAAUGCUUGUCAUUGCUCUAUUUUCUCCUCUAUCUGGCCCAGUGAUCAGGAUGAAGACAGAUACACAUUUGUGAAACAUCUAGUUAUACAGCAAUUUGAACAAUAGAUGCAGAAAGUAUCUCACACCAAGAACAUAUAAAUGUCACUUGUCUGGUCUCACCCGUGCAAUAUUUAAACUUUGGGAGUCAGUGGAGAUUUGACCUCUGACAAGCCCUUCUUUUCUCCUUUGCCCUGGUUUACAGUUGAGGACUGGGACAGUUUCCAGGCCAUUUUGGAUCACACCUACAAGAUGCACUUCAAGUCUGAACCCAGCCUGCAUCCGGUGCUCAUGUCAGAAGCAUCAGUAAGUUAGCAUUUGUGUGUGUGUUGGAGUCUGAACAAAGAUGGCAAGCAGAUAACAGGUGUUUACUUGUCAAUCUGAAUCCUCUUAAAAGUUUGUUUCAAAGAAUGGAGCGGAUUUAAAGUGAUUACUGAUGAUCUCCUAUGUUUUUUUCUCCAGUGGAACACCCGAGCGAAACGAGAGAAACUAACAGAGCUGAUGUUUGAACAUUACAACAUUCCUGCCUUCUUCCUCUGCAAAUCUGCUGUGCUAUCUGCGUAUCCUUUACUCCUUUCAUGAUUGAAAAGAUGAAUAUAGAGCUUAGAUGUGCCUUUUUAUUCUUCCAUUGCUGGCAGGUUAUGCACAGUUUCUCUCAAGUGUUAAAGUUAUAAGGCUGUAUGUGUUUUGUGUGUUUUAUUCCUUUAACUCUGAGCACUUCAGCUUUGCCAAUGGACGCUCUACAGGCUUGGUUCUGGACAGUGGAGCCACACACACGACAGCAAUUCCAGUUCAUGAUGGUUAUGUCCUGCAGCAAGGUGAGCCUAUGUCUGAAUGUUAAAGUUAAUCUGCCAGCAGAUUUCAUGCCAUUUAUGAACAAUCCACCCAAAGGAACAGCAGGUUUCCAUGUCAGCAAUGUACUUUAUGUUGCCAUCUGCUGGUUGGAGCUGGUGCCUUAGCCUUGCCAAGUAGGCAGGCUGUUCUGCAAACAUUUAGUUUGUCAACUUUUUGUUGCUAAACAAAAUGAACCAUCAAGUUUGUUUUUUCCAUGAUUCUUAUCCUGCUAAGUGAACUGUGUAUGUUUGAAAAGGCUUUUGAGUUAACGUUGUAAACAUGUACUCUACUGCUUUUUCUGAGUCAUUAGUUCAUUUUCUGUUCUUGCAGGAAUUGUCAAAUCUCCCCUGGCUGGAGACUUCAUGAGCAUGCAGUGCAGAGAGCUUUUCCAGGAAUUAAGUGUUGAAAUCAUCCCACCUUAUAUGAUUGCCUCAAAGGUAAGAGCUUUGGGUUUUUCAGCUGCUACAGUGCAUGGAAAGAAAUCCUGAAAAAGUAUUAGGCAGGUAUUUCUCAACCAAAAUCCAAAACGGAUGUAAGAAAGUUUCAAGUGACUUAGAAUAGAAUAGAAUAGAAUAGAAUAGGAUAGUCUUUUUGGUCAUAAAACAAAGUGCUACAAAAAUUCCUCUGUGCCAUGACUGAAUAUCAGAAACACACAUGCAUUUACAUGUUUAUUUUCACAUAUAAACGAACACAUAAAAAGAAAUGUCAUGGAUAAAAGGAACAUAAAAAAGGCUGAUAUUUGCCGGCUUAGAUAAAAAAAUGGUUUAACAGUUUUAAUGUUUGUUUUGAUUGAGGUAUUUGGAUUUAUUGUUAUCUCAGUGCAUUCCUGGAAAUGUUGCCAUGGCGUUUGUUUGUCAUCACAGGACAGUGUUCGGGAGGGAGCUCCAGCCAGCUGGAAAAAGAAGGAGAAACUACCUCAAGUCACCCGCUCGUGGCACAACUACAUGUGUAAUGUGAGUGUAAUUCUGUCCAACACUUAGCGUGUACUUUGUUUGGUUGAAUUUAUCUUUAUUUGGUUUUUUUUCUUUUUUCUUGUCAGUGUGUGAUCCAGGACUUCCAGGCUUCUGUCCUGCAGGUGUCAGACUCCCCAUAUGAUGAACAGUAAGAGCUUUAAUUAAAGUUUAAAUAUCUUAAAAGUCAAGUCAGCUUGGUGUUGUAUCAGCCUGUCAUGACCAAGGAUUUCUAUUCACCAUUAUAACCAACUUCUUUUAUACAUUUUUUCUUUAAAUUCACCCUCUUUGUGUGGUUACCUGUUCUCACCAUCUUAAUAUCUGUUAUACUUAACCUUGUCUCUCCAAUCAGAGUUGCUGCACAGAUGCCCACAGUGCACUACGAGCUGCCCAAUGGCUACAACUGUGACUUUGGAGCUGAGCGGCUGAAGAUCCCAGAAGGGCUGUUUGAUCCCUCAAAUGCCAAGGUGUGUGGGCUCACAUGUUGAGAUAGAGGGAGGGUUAAAAAGAAAAGCCAAAUAUGAUAUUUACUGUUCUGAAUAAUAACUGCUCCAUCAUCAAAUACUCCUUUGUGCAUCCUACUGGGUAACUUUAAUGUGAAAUAUAUGUUUGUUUUUUGUGAUCACUUCAGGGCUUGUCAGGAAACACCAUGUUGGGAGUCGGCCAUGUGGUGACGACCAGUGUUGGGAUGUGUGACAUUGAUAUCCGGCCGGUGAUUAUCACGAUGUUAUGAAUAUGGAUGGACUUUGUUUUAUUCUGUGACACUCACAUCAACAUAAUCCACAGAAAUCAUGAGUGAAUGAACAUAUUCUUGCAAUUGAGUUACCAAAAGGGAAUUUGAGGCUAAUUUAUAGUCCAAAUUAAAAAUCUGUGCGCUGUAACAUAGUGGUGUCUCUGAGUGAUGUUAUAUAUUUUUUAUCCUUGUUUCUCAGGGUCUGUAUGGUAGUGUGGUGGUGACUGGAGGAAACACACUCAUACAGGGCUUCACAGACCGACUGAACAGAGAACUCUCUCAGAAAACCCCACCAGUAAGUUGACAAUUCUACCUCCUAACAUGUUGAAAUCCGUGCGGUCCUCCUAGGCUGAAGUUGAUGAUCAACUGCAGAUUAAGAUUACUGUACUGAGUAAUGCGGUAACCUGAAAAUUCAGCUUUUUAUGAAUUGGAAUCAUGACCUAUUAGAAGUGUUCACCUACGCAGCGUCUAAAAUUGGCUGAAAUCACUCUGUUUUGUUUGUUAUUUGCAGAGCAUGAGGCUGAAGCUGAUUGCCAACAACACGACGGUGGAACGCAGGUUCAGCGCUUGGAUAGGAGGCUCCAUCCUCGCAUCACUUGUAAGGACAUGCAUCACUUAAAACUGCAUUAUCAGAAUAUAUCAGUGUUUAAAUACAAGUUUUUCUUUCAAUCUCUAUAUUAUGAAACUGUUUCUGACACAGUAUUGGGAUCCAGGUUAAGAACUCUAUAGCAUGUGAUUUUAUGGAAGAUGACACUCCUAUUAGAAGAUUGUUUGGGGAUUUUCUGUUGUUUUUGAUAUAUUAAACAAAUUAAUAGGGAAAAAUACUCUUUCACUAUCAUUUAUUGAAGUGUAACCUCUCAGCUCUGAUCGUAAAUUUGAUCUCCAAAUGGUGGCUUGAUUUUGCAAACUACAAAAUUUUACACAAUUUCUGAAUCUCCUUCUCUCUAUUUUAUCUCUUAAGUCUUUCAUAACAUUUAUUGUGUUUUCCAGGGAACCUUCCAGCAGAUGUGGAUCUCCAAACAGGAGUACGAAGAGGGAGGAAAGCAGUGUGUGGACAGAAAAUGUCCGUGAUUUUCCACCUAACCCCCUCCCUCACGGUCUUUGCCAACAGCUCAACAUCAUGAGUAAUUCACCCCUCACCCUGGACUCAGGAACGCCUACUGAUGGUCACUCUUGUUUUGUAUCAUUUGUUUUUUAAAAGUCUUUCCUUAAGCUGCCUGUCUGGGAUUUCUUGUGAAAAUUAGAUACAUCAACAAAGUAAACGCUGUCACGAUAACGAAAGGUGGUUUUAGUCUCUAACAGUUGGUCUGUUGCCUUAUUUCUUUUAAUCUGAGUUUUGUUGAAUCCUUUCAUCUUUAAAAAGUCUGUUUCUUUCAGGACGUAGAGAGCCUCCUUUUCAUGUGAUUUUGUCCAAAUUUAGACACUUAUUUUGACUAAAAGCCAUGAGGUAACUGCAUGCAUGAAAGUGGUGGUUUUUGAUCCUAUGGGAUGCAUUCAAAAAUCCUCAAAUUUGCUCAGUCAAGGUAUUCAGCAGAAAACGGUCAGUUUGGGUUAUGCAUAUUAAGAACCUUACAGCUUGAGGUGAAUAUGUUGUCCAUUAGCUUUUUGUUGUGUGUAGAGCAAGAUCAGUGGCAAAGGCCUGUCAGUCCUCACCCCAGCGUACGGGUGUCAGCCGAAAUAAAACUGUAUUUAAUUUUCAUUUUUUCUUGUUACUGGCUCCAUGUGGUAUUUUAAAAAUAAAGUCAUUUUGAUAGACAGUG